AAGCCCAUCUCACCUAUGAUGUCAGGACCAUCCUACAACCACACAAUGGAAUCUCCUGCCACCUUCCUCCUCGUGGGCAUCCCAGGUUUGCAGUCUUCCUAUCUCGGGCUGGCCAUCUCAUUUAGUGCUAUGUACAGCACAGCCCUCUUAGGAAACACCCUCAUCAUUACUGUGAUCUGCACAGAUUCCACUCUACAAGAGCCCAUGUACUUCUUUCUAUGUGUUUUGGCUGCUGUGGACAUUGUUAUGGCUUCUUCUGUGGUACCUAAGAUGGUGAGCAUCUUCAGCUCAGGAGACAGCUCCAUCAGCUUUAAUGCCUGCUUCACUCAGAUGUACUUUAUCCACGCAGCCACAGCUGUGGAGACAGGGCUGCUACUGGCCAUGGCUUUUGAUCGCUAUGUGGCCAUCUGCAAGCCCCUACACUACAAACGAAUUCUCAAACCUAAAUUGAUGCUGGGAUUAUGUGUGACUAUCAUCAGUAGAGCUGUCAUUUCUGUGACUCCAUUAAGUUGGAUGUUGAGUCACUUGCCUUUCUGUGGUUCCAAUGUAGUUUUCCAUUCUUACUGUGAACACAUGGCUGUGGCCAAGUUAGUAUGUGCAGACCCCACGCCCACCAGUUUGUAUAGCUUGAUUUGUUCUUCUAUUAUUGUGGGCUCUGAUACGGUCUUCAUUGCUGCCUCCUAUAUUUUGAUUCUCAGGGCAGUAUUUGGUCUGUCCUCAAAGAAUGCACAGAGGAAGGCAUUAAGCACAUGCGGCUCUCAUGUGGGAGUUAUGUGUCUAUUCUAUCUCCCUGGGAUGGCAUCCAUAUAUAUAGCAUGGUUAUGGCACGAUGUAGUUCCGAUGCACACUCAAGUGUUGUUAGCUGACUUGUAUCUGAUUAUCCCACCUACCUUAAACCCUGUCAUUUAUGGUAUUAGGACCAAGCAGAUCCGGGAGAGGAUGAAGAUGUUGCUGACGUGCUUCCUUAGAAAAGGUUCGUGA